ACUGGAUGUGUCCUCCCAACAUGGCCUCCACCACCUCCCCUCUGCCACCCACCACCGAGGUCGCCAGUUCUGAGAACAGCAGCUCUUUCUAUGACUAUGAGUACUACCUGGACCAGGUGGCCUUCAUGCUCUGCAGGAAGGAUGAGGUGCUGGCCUUUGGCAGGAUCUUCCUGCCAAUCUUCUACAGCCUGAUCUUUGUGCUGGGUUUGGGCGGGAACCUCCUUCUUCUAGUGGUCUUGCUUUGGUAUAUACCUCGCAGGCGGAUGACUGAGGUCUAUCUGCUGAACCUGGCCAUCUCCAACCUCCUAUUUGUGGUGACACUGCCUUUCUGGGGCAUUUCUGUGGCCUGGCAUUGGGUCUUUGGGAGUUUCUUGUGCAAGAUGAUGAGCACCCUCUAUACCAUCAACUUCUACAGUGGCAUCUUCUUCAUUAGCUGCAUGAGCUUGGACAAGUACCUGGAGAUCGUCCACGCUCAGCCCCACCACAGGCUGAGAACCCGGGAGAAAAGCCUGCUCCUGGCUGCCAUGGUAUGGGCUGUGGCCCUGGCUGUCUCCAUCCCUGACAUGGUCUUUGUGCAGACACAUGAAAACCCCACGGGUGUGUGGAACUGCUAUGCAGAUUUUGGGGGUCAUGCAACCAUCUGGAAGCUCUUCCUCCGUUUCCAGCAGAACCUCUUGGGGUUUCUCCUUCCACUCCUUGUCAUGGUCUUUUUCUACUCCCGCAUUGGCUGCGUGUUGGUCAGGCUGAAGCCCCCAGGUCAGGGCCGGGCUCUAAGGAUCGUUGUAGCCCUGGUGGUAGCCUUCUUUGUGCUGUGGUUCCCGUACAACCUCACCUUGUUUCUGCACUCACUGCUGGACCUGCAAGUCUUUGGGGAAUGCAAGGUUAUCAAGCACCUGGACUAUGCACUGCAGGUGACAGAGAGCAUCGCCUUUCUUCACUGCUGCUUCACCCCCAUUCUCUAUGCUUUCUCCAGCCGCCACUUCCGCCAGUACCUGAAGGCUUUCCUCGUCACUGUGCUCAGGCGGCCCCAGGCACCUGGCCCUGCACCGGCCCCUCUGUCCAGCAGCUCUGAGAGUAGCAGGCUCACUACCCAAGAAGAAAUGACCAGCAUGCAUGACCUCAGGGAGAGGCAGGCUGAGAGUUCCCCCAACAAGAGUGAUAUGGGGGAAAAUCAAGCCUGAGUGGCCAUACCACAGUC